AUGCGCUUGUUCCUAGUCGCGGUUUUGGCCGCUUAUUUGGCCUACGUAGCGGCUCAAACUGAAUCUAGCACGGUAACAUCUGUGACCACUCCAGUUAUAAAGGCGCAGCCAUGUUGUGAAAGUGUUCGUCAAACUCUAAUUGAAAUACGAAAAGAUAUACGCCUAUGGCUACUCGACAGGCUUUUCGGAAAACUAGUUCUUUUGCACGACGGAGAACUUCUCGGCAAUCCAAAUUAUGUGAAUUGUGUCAACGGAAAAAAGCAGCUACCACUCUUAGAUGGAAGCUCUAUUACAGAUCAAACUGCAUCUACUACAACUGUCGUAAAAGGCAUUCCGGGAUCCUCAUCGAGCACUGAUGGAAACUCUAACCAAUCCUCGAUCACGACGACAACCACAACGAAAACAUCGUCCAAUGAAGACCAGUCUACCACCUCAUCUGACCCAAUUGCGGAAUCUACUCAGGGAACAAGCGGAAAGAGCAGCUCCACUCAAUCUACGUCCUCUACCACAACUACCUCCUCUACGGCUCCAGUCGUAGAAGUUACUCAGGGAUCCUCUUCGAAUGCUGAUGGAAACUCUAACCAAUCCUCGACCACGACGACAACUACAACGACAACAUCAUCCGUUAAUGGCCAAUCUACCAGCUCAUCUGACCCAAUUGUUCAAUCAACUCAGGGAACAAACGGCGAUAGCAACUCCACCCAAUCUUCGUCCUCUACCACAACUACCUCCUCUUCGACUCCUGUCGUAGAAGUUACUCAGGGAUCCUCUUCGAAUGCUGAUGGAACCGCUACCCAAUCCUCGACCACGACAACUACAACGACUACAUCAUCCGAUGAUGGUCAAUCCACCACGUCAUCUGACCCGGUUGUGAAUGUCAGUCAAGGAACAAACGGCGAUAGCAACUCCACCCAAUCUUCGUCCUCUACCACAACUACCUCAUCUUCGACUCCUGUCGUAGAAGUUACUCAGGGAUCCUCUUCGAAUGCUGAUGGAACCGCUACCCAAUCCUCGACCACGACAACUACAACGACAACAUCAUCCGAUGAUGGUCAAUCCACCACGUCAUCUGACCCGGUUGUGAAUGUCAGUCAAGGAACAAACGGCGAUAGCAACUCCACCCAAUCUUCGUCCUCUACCACAACUACCUCCUCUUCGACUCCUGUCGUAGAAGUUACCCAGGGAUCUUCUUCAAAUACUAACGGAAACUCUAACCAAUCCUCGACCACGACGACAACAACAACGACCACAUCAUCCGACGAGGGUCAAUCCACCACGUCAUCUGACCCGGUCGUGGAAGUUAGUCAAGGAACAAACGGCGAUAGCAACUCCACCCAAUCUUCGUCCUCUACCACAACUACCUCAUCAUCCGACGAGGGUCAAUCCACCACGUCAUCUGACCCGGUCGUGGAAGUUAUCACUCAGGGAUCCUCUUCGAAUGCUGAUGGAACCGCUACUCAAUCCUCGACCACGACGACAACUACAACGACAACAUCAUCCGACGAGGGUCAAUCCACCACGUCAUCUGACCCGGUUGUGGUAGUCAGUCAAGGUACAAACGGCGAUAGCAACUCCACCCAAUCUUCGUCCUCUACCACAACUACCUCAUCAUCCGAUGAUGGUCAAACUACCUCCUCUUCGACUCCUGUCGUAGAAGUUACUCAGGGAUCCUCUUCGAAUGCUGAUGGAACCGCUACCCAAUCCUCGACCACGACAACUACAACGACUACAUCAUCCGAUGAUGGUCAAUCCACCACGUCAUCUGACCCGGUUGUGAAUGUCAGUCAAGGAACAAACGGCGAUAGCUACUCCACCCAAUCUUCGUCCUCUACCACAACUACCUCAUCAUCCGAUGAUGGUCAAACUACCUCCUCUUCGACUCCUGUCGUAGAAGUUACCCAGGGAUCUUCUUCAAAUACUAACGGAAACUCUAACCAAUCCUCGACCACGACGACAACAACAACGACCACAUCAUCCGACGAGGGUCAAUCCACCACGUCAUCUGACCCGGUCGUGGAAGUUAGUCAAGGAACAAACGGCGAUAGCAACUCCACCCAAUCUUCGUCCUCUACCACAACUACCUCAUCAUCCGACGAGGGUCAAUCCACCACGUCAUCUGACCCGGUCGUGGAAGUUAUCACUCAGGGAUCCUCUUCGAAUGCUGAUGGAACCGCUACUCAAUCCUCGACCACGACGACAACUACAACGACAACAUCAUCCGACGAGGGUCAAUCCACCACGUCAUCUGACCCGGUUGUGGUAGUCAGUCAAGGUACAAACGGCGAUAGCAACUCCACCCAAUCUUCGUCCUCUACCACAACUACCUCAUCUUCGACUCCUGUUGUAGAAGUUACUCAGGGAUCUUCUUCAAAUACUAACGGAAACUCUAACCAAUCCUCGACCACGACAACUACAACGACAACAUCAUCCGAUGAUGGUCAAUCCACCACGUCAUCUGACCCGGUUGUGAAUGUUAGUCAAGGAACAAACGGCGAUAGUAACUCCACCCAAUCUUCGUCCUCUACCACAACUACCUCAUCUUCGACUCCUGUCGUAGAAGUUACUCAGGGAUCCUCUUCGAAUGCUGAUGGAACCGCUACCCAAUCCUCGACCACGACAACUACAACGACAACAUCAUCCGACGAGGGUCAAUCCACCACGUCAUCUGACCCGGUUGUGGAUGUCAGUCAAGGUACAAACGGCGAUAGCAACUCCACCCAAUCUUCGUCCUCUACCACAACUACCUCAUCAUCCGAUGAUGGUCAAUCCACCACGUCAUCUGACCCGGUUGUGAAUGUCAAAGUUACUCAGGGAUCCUCUUCGAAUGCUGAUGGAACCGCUACCCAAUCCUCGACCACGACGACAACUACAACGACAACAUCAUCCGACGAGGGUCAAUCGACCACGUCAUCUGACCCGGUCGUGGAAGUCAGUCAAGGAACAAACGGCGAUAGCAACUCCACCCAAUCUUCGUCUUCUACCACAACUACCUCAUCUUCCACUCCUGUCGUAGAAGUUACUCCUGGUUCCUCUUCGAAUGCUAAUGGAAACUCCACACAAUCCUCGACCACGACGACAACUACAACGACAACAUCAUCCGACGAGGGUCAAUCAACCACGUCAUCUGACCCGGUCGUGGAAGUCAGUCAAGGAACAAACGGCGAUAGCAACUCCACACAAUCUUCGUCCUCUACCACAACUACCUCCUCUUCGACUCCUGUCGUAGAAGUUACUCAGGGAUCCUCUUCGAAUGCUAAUGGAACCGCUACCCAAUCCUCGACCACGACGACAACUACAACGACAACAUCAUCCGACGAGGGUCAAUCGACCACGUCAUCUGACCCGGUCGUGGAAGUCAGUCAAGGAACAAACGGCGAUAGCAACUCCACACAAUCUUCGUCCUCUACCACAACUACCUCCUCUUCGACUCCUGUCGUAGAAGUUACUCAGGGAUCCUCUUCGAAUGCUGAUGGAAACUCUACCCAAUCCUCGACCACGACGACAACUACAACGACAACAUCAUCCGACGAGGGUCAAUCCACCACGUCAUCUGACCCGGUUGUGGAUGUCAGUCAAGGUACAAACGGCGAUAGUAACUCCACCCAAUCUUCGUCCUCUACCACAACUACCUCUUCUUCGGCUCCCGUUGUAGAAGUCACUCAGGGAUCCUCUUCGAAUGCUGAUGGAAACUCUACACAAUCCUCGACCACGACGACAACUACAACGACAACAUCAUCCGACGAGGGUCAAUCAACCACGUCAUCUGACCCGGUCGUGGAAGUCAGUCAAGGAACAAACGGCGAUAGUAACUCCACCCAAUCUUCGUCCUCUACCACAACUACCUCUUCUUCGGCUCCCGUUGUAGAAGUCACUCAGGGAUCCUCUUCGAAUGCUGAUGGAAACUCUACCCAAUCCUCGACCACGACGACAACUACAACGACAACAUCAUCCGACGAGGGUCAAUCAACCACGUCAUCUGACCCGGUCGUGGAAGUCAGUCAAGGAACAAACGGCGAUAGCAACUCCACCCAAUCUUCGUCCUCUACCACAACUACCUCUUCUUCGGCUCCCGUUGUAGAAGUCACUCAGGGAUCCUCUUCGAAUGCUGAUGGAAACUCUACACAAUCCUCGACCACGACGACAACUACAACGACAACAUCAUCCGACGAGGGUCAAUCAACCACGUCAUCUGACCCGGUCGUGGAAGUCAGUCAAGGAACAAACGGCGAUAGCAACUCCACCCAAUCUUCGUCCUCUACCACAACUACCUCAUCUUCCACUCCUGUCGUAGAAGUUACUCAGGGUUCCUCUUCGAAUGCUGAUGGAAACUCUACCCAAUCCUCGACCACGACGACAACUACAACGACAACAUCAUCCGACGAGGGUCAAUCCACCACGUCAUCUGACCCGGUUGUGGAUGUCAGUCAAGGUACAAACGGCGAUAGUAACUCCACCCAAUCUUCGUCCUCUACCACAACUACCUCUUCUUCGGCUCCCGUUGUAGAAGUCACUCAGGGAUCCUCUUCGAAUGCUGAUGGAAACUCUACACAAUCCUCGACCACGACGACAACUACAACGACAACAUCAUCCGACGAGGGUCAAUCAACCACGUCAUCUGACCCGGUCGUGGAAGUCAGUCAAGGAACAAACGGCGAUAGUAACUCCACCCAAUCUUCGUCCUCUACCACAACUACCUCUUCUUCGGCUCCCGUUGUAGAAGUCACUCAGGGAUCCUCUUCGAAUGCUGAUGGAAACUCUACCCAAUCCUCGACCACGACGACAACUACAACGACAACAUCAUCCGACGAGGGUCAAUCAACCACGUCAUCUGACCCGGUCGUGGAAGUCAGUCAAGGAACAAACGGCGAUAGCAACUCCACCCAAUCUUCGUCCUCUACCACAACUACCUCUUCUUCGGCUCCCGUUGUAGAAGUCACUCAGGGAUCCUCUUCGAAUGCUGAUGGAAACUCUACACAAUCCUCGACCACGACGACAACUACAACGACAACAUCAUCCGACGAGGGUCAAUCAACCACGUCAUCUGACCCGGUCGUGGAAGUCAGUCAAGGAACAAACGGCGAUAGCAACUCCACCCAAUCUUCGUCCUCUACCACAACUACCUCAUCUUCCACUCCUGUCGUAGAAGUUACUCAGGGUUCCUCUUCGAAUGCUGAUGGAAACUCUACCCAAUCCUCGACCACGACGACAACUACAACGACAACAUCAUCCGACGAGGGUCAAUCAACCACGUCAUCUGACCCGGUCGUGGAAGUCAGUCAAGGAAGAAACGGCGAUAGUAACUCCACCCAAUCUUCGUCCUCUACCACAACUACCUCUUCUUCGGCUCCCGUUGUAGAAGUCACUCAGGGAUCCUCUUCGAAUGCUGAUGGAAACUCUACACAAUCCUCGACCACGACGACAACUACAACGACAACAUCAUCCGACGAGGGUCAAUCAACCACGUCAUCUGACCCGGUCGUGGAAGUCAGUCAAGGAACAAACGGCGAUAGCAACUCCACCCAAUCUUCGUCCUCUACCACAACUACCUCAUCUUCCACUCCUGUCGUAGAAGUUACUCAGGAUUCCUCUUCGAAUGCUAAUGGAAACUCCACACAAUCCUCGACCACGACGACAACUACAACGACAACAUCAUCCGACGAGGGUCAAUCAACCACGUCAUCUGACCCGGUCGUGGAAGUCAGUCAAGGAACAAACGGCGAUAGCAACUCCACCCAAUCUUCGUCCUCUACCACAACUACCUCUUCUUCGGCUCCCGUUGUAGAAGUCACUCAGGGAUCCUCUUCGAAUGCUGAUGGAAACUCUACCCAAUCCUCGACCACGACGACAACUACAACGACAACAUCAUCCGACGAGGGUCAAUCAACCACGUCAUCUGACCCGGUCGUGGAAGUCAGUCAAGGAACAAACGGCGAUAGCAACUCCACCCAAUCUUCGUCCUCUACCACAACUACCUCAUCUUCGACUCCUGUCGUAGAAGUUACUCAGGGAUCCUCUUCGAAUGCUGAUGGAACCGCUACCCAAUCCUCGACCACGACGACAACUACAACGACAACAUCAUCCGACGAGGGUCAAUCAACCACGUCAUCUGACCCGGUCGUGGAAGUCAGUCAAGGAACAAACGGCGAUAGCAACUCCACCCAAUCUUCGUCCUCUACCACAACUACCUCUUCUUCGGCUCCCGUUGUAGAAGUCACUCAGGGAUCCUCUUCGAAUGCUGAUGGAAACUCUACCCAAUCCUCGACCACGACGACAACUACAACGACAACAUCAUCCGACGAGGGUCAAUCAACCACGUCAUCUGACCCGGUCGUGGAAGUCAGUCAAGGAACAAACGGCGAUAGCAACUCCACCCAAUCUUCGUCCUCUACCACAACUAGCUCAUCUUCCACUCCUGUCGUAGAAGUUACUCAGGGUUCCUCUUCGAAUGCUGAUGGAACCGCUACCCAAUCCUCGACCACGACGACAACUACAACGACAACAUCAUCCGACGAGGGUCAAUCCACCACGUCAUCUGACCCGGUCGUGGAAGUCAGUCAAGGAACAAACGGCGAUAGCAACUCCACCCAAUCUUCGUCCUCUACCACAACUACCUCAUCUUCCACUCCUGUCGUAGAAGUUACUCAGGGUUCCUCUUCGAAUGCUAAUGGAAACUCCACACAAUCCUCGACCACGACGACAACUACAACGACAACAUCAUCCGACGAGGCUCAAUCCACCACGUCAUCUGACCCGGUCGUGGAAGUCAGUCAAGGAACAAACGGCGAUAGCAACUCCACCCAAUCUUCGUCCUCUACCACAACUACCUCUUCUUCGGCUCCCGUUGUAGAAGUCACUCAGGGAUCCUCUUCGAAUGCUGAUGGAAACUCUACCCAAUCCUCGACCACGACGACAACUACAACGACAACAUCAUCCGACGAGGGUCAAUCAACCACGUCAUCUGACCCGGUCGUGGAAGUCAGUCAAGGAACAAACGGCGAUAGCAACUCCACCCAAUCUUCGUCCUCUACCACAACUACCUCAUCUUCGACUCCUGUCGUAGAAGUUACUCAGGGAUCCUCUUCGAAUGCUGAUGGAACCGCUACCCAAUCCUCGACCACGACGACAACUACAACGACAACAUCAUCCGACGAGGGUCAAUCCACCACGUCAUCUGACCCGGUCGUGGAAGUCAGUCAAGGAACAAACGGCGAUAGCAACUCCACCCAAUCUUCGUCCUCUACUACAACUACCUCCUCUACGACACCUGUCUCACUCAAGGAUCCUCGAAGCCCUAAAUGGACUAAAACCUCAAAAACUUAUUCAUCGAAAACUAUAAAAAUUCCGAAGUCAAAAAGAAACUCUAGUUCAAGCGAAACUUCAACAACCGUAACGACAAAUACUUCCUCGACUCCUCAGACCAAAUUUUCGUGGUCAAGCUCGUCAAAGAAAUCGUAUAUUGGUGGCAAGUCUAAAAAAUAUUGGACCAAGCGCUGGAAUAAGAGGUCACGUAAAAAUAACGAUGGUAGUUCCACUAUUGUUGCAGAGGAAUCGUCUGAAUCAUUAACAGAUGCUGGCGUUGAUGGCACUAAUGGAAAUGACUUGAACGUUGUAGAUGCCAGUACAGAUGUUCAGAACAGCAAAACCAGCUCAACAUCUACUAAAAACACAAAAAAAUACUCGUCGAAGUCCUCUAGGGUCCCCAGGUCUAAUGGCCAGUCGAGUACCAGCACUACCAAAACUUCAAAAACCGUAACGACAAGCACUUCCUCAACACCCAACGUUAGUAGCUCAUCAAAGAAUUCUACCAAUGGUGGAAAAUCGGUCAAGACUUCGUCGACCACGAUAACAACAACUUCUUCAAAUCAGGGUCAAUCCAGCUCAGGUUUAUCCCCUGUUGUAAAAAUUACACAGAAAAUUCCACAAAACGAUAUUGAAAGCUUGAACCAGGUCACAACGACAACAUCAUCUGAAAGUCAAAUCGGCGUACCUUCUACCCCUGUUGUUAAAGUUACGAAGGAAGCCUCAAUUAGAAAUGGUGGGAGGACUACCCGAUCAUCAACCACAACAACCACAACCACCACGACCAAAGGAAGUAAUCAGUCAGGUAUCUUAACUCCUCCUGCAGUUGAUGCCAGCAUUGUGGCUAAUGGGCUAAAAUCGUCAACAACAACUACGACCACAUCCACAAAAGGAAGUAAAUCAUCUAAUACCUUGUCUCUACCGGAAGUUGAUGCCAGCUCAGCCGUCAACGGCGAAAAGUCCAUCUCAGCGUCGAUAAAACCAACAAACAUUUUGUCAAAGAUCGACUUGAGUCUGCCUAAACUUGAUGCCAGUCUGAAUGUUAAUAGUGGAAGGUCAAACUCUAGAUCAUCUACAACAACAACGACAACAUCCACAAAGGGAAGUAAAUCAUCCAAUACCUUGUCCCUACCGGAAGUUGAUGCUGGCAUAGCCAUUAACGGCGAUGAGUCCCACUCACAGAUAGACUUGAGUCUGCCCAAACUAGAUGCCAGUCUGAAUGUUAAUGGUGGAAGGUCAAGCUCUAGAUCAUCUACAACAACUACGACAACAUCCACUAAGGGAAGUAAGACAUCUCUACCGGGAGUUGAUGCCAUCAUAAAGACGAUUAAGGACACAAACAUUUUGUCAAAGAUAGACUCGAGUCUGCCUAAACUUGAUGCCAGUCUGAAUGUUAAUGGUGGAAGGUCAAGCUCUAGAUCAUCUACAACAACUACGAGAACAUCCACAAAGGGAACUAAAUCAUCCAAUACCUUGUCCGUACCGGAAGUUGAUACCAGCAUUAAGACGAUUAAGGACACAAACAUUUUGUCAAAGAUAGACUUGAGUCUGCCUAAACUUGAUGCCAGUCUGAAUGUUAAUGGUGGAAGGUCAAGCUCUAGAUCAUCUACAACAACUACGACAACAUCCACUAAGGGAAGUAAGACAUCUCUACCGGGAGUUGAUACCAUCAUAAAGACGAUUAAGGACACAAACAUUUUGUCAAAGAUAGACUUGAGUCUGCCUAAACUUGAUGCCAGUUUGAAUGGUAAUAGUGGAAGGUCAAGCUCUAGAUCUACAACAACAACUACGACAACAUCCACCAAAGGAAGUAAAUCGUCUGAAAUCUUGUCUGUACCGAGUGUUGAUGCCGGAAUAUCAGGAUCAUCAACUAGAACUUUUGAAAUAACCUCAAAGAACUCUGUAGCUCCCAAGUCUAGUUCUACAUCCAAAACUACGACAACGACUACUACAUCAAAAACUUCAUCGGUCCCAAAAACAGAGUCCAAAUACUCCUGGUCUAGUUCGUCGGAGAAAAAAUCGAACCCUAUUCGCUUAACCCUACCUACCAAUAACGUAGGUAUUUCAGUUGGCGGAGGAGAUUCUUCGGGCUCGUGGUCCAAGCUAAUUAAGAGGAGCACCAGCAGCGAUGAGACGAAUGCCAAUGAUGGUUCAUCACUUUCCGGUUCUAUUGUAGGUGCAGGUGGAUCCUGGUCUCAGCGAUCCGGAUUCUCUGGUGACAGUUCCAGUGGCAAGGGAUCUCAGGACAUUCGCAUUCGAUCGGCCCGGGGACAGACAGGAAACAAUGCUCAGUCCCAAAACACCAAUGCUUGGACCCAAAGCGCUUCCCAAGCCAGCGAAAGCUUGGCUAAUGGAGCAGUAUCUGCCGAUGGCCUGAAUGUGGAGGAAUCGCAGAGUUCCGAUGACGCAACCACGAUCCAAGGUGGCUCUGUCGGUGUAACCGGGCAAUAUCCAUACUGGUGGGGCAAUGGCCGUUGGGUUGGAGCCAGGCCAAGUUGGAGAUAUGGAUGGCGUCCUUAUGGAAGCGGCUGGGGCGGAUGGAACAGUCAAUAUUAGAGUUGGUCCGUGAGAAUGGCUAAGGCCAAGGUAAAACGGAGCAUGACUUUAAUGUACACGAUUGUAAAAUAUAUGCAUACGAAUAUUAGAAAAUGUCUUCAUUUUUGGGGUAUCUACGUGUAUACUAGUUGAUAAGAAAUACUUUUUAAAUGAUUACAAAUGUAAGCAAGCGUUCAUUCUUAAGAAACUUCUUAAAUAUAAAAAGUUCUUUAUGACAUCUCAUAAAUAAAAAGGGCUUUAAGAUUC